AGGCAAAAUAGGGGUAUACAAGCAAGAUGCCCUAGUAGUAGCGUUUAUGUUGUGGCCCGGAAAGUGAAGUGCUCAGCUGAUUUCCGCACAGAUCUGAACCUAAACCUAGACUUCUUCCGAGAGCUCUUCUAACUAGCUGAUGGCGAAAUUCGUGUCGCGUGAUACCGAGAAAUAGUGAGCCAACCCAAACAACCGGAGAAGACGCCACUUCCCCAAUACUUUCAGUGACAGAAGCGCAGAAUCGGAUCAGUGAGCCAAUAAUAACGUCGAAAAACGAUGAACGUUGGAUCCAUUCUGUUGACAAUCUUCAUAGCGAUAAAUAGGGUCGCCAAAACUUCCCCAGCUCGCCCUCUGUUAGUUGAUAGUUGGCAACCGCCGUCAGACUUUUCUCGGUACGGAUUUGUCACCGGUUGGCACAAGGAGGUCACUUCCCAAGAACCUGUGGCAACCGUAACAUCGGCAACCGCUUUUACCGGGAAUCCAUCAUCAACAACAACUUGUACUUCAGAAGGCCGAAUGCCCGGCGAUGACGCGGAAACCUCCAGUCGUUUUGCUGACCACAUGUCGCGUUCCGAGAGUUUAGGUUCUCAAAGAGCUCCAUUCGCCGAUCCAUUUGACCCAGUAGAGAUGUCGACGCUGUUCCCUACUUUGGCCAACGGUCACCUUGGCUUCACGGUCUUUGGCGAUGCCGUGUACAUGGACGGGUUGUUCAACGGCCAUCGGGGACUGAGCCAUCGAGCCAGGAUCGCAAACGUGGCCAAUCUACGGCUUCAGCUGGAAGAGGAGGGCACCUCAGCUGCUGGGAACCUAACGUCAAGCAGGGAUGGAUUCCGGAUGGAUUUUCGUACCGGCACGUUUUGUGUCGAUUAUCGAGGACCUAAUAAUAGCUUUAGGGUUACCCAGCGCAUCUAUCCACAUCAAUCCUUCGAUCGUGCGAUCGUCAAUCAAUUCGAGAUCAUGCGGCUGGACGGUGAUGGUGAUCUCAACAUCGUCCUCAGCCAACCGUACACACUUCCCGGUAGCGAAGACAUCGUGUUCACUCCGACCGAGACCGAAACCGUCUUCGCCGAUCAGAGCAACGACGACGAAGAUGUGGCCGACGACCAACAAGAUGGAACCGGUGCCCACGAACCGGAACGACGACGACGACCGUUGUUUUCGAAUCCGAAUCGCUGGGCCAUCAAGCAAUCUGGACCUGCUGGCAGAAAUAAAUAUUCAUCAGCCGAGCCGAGCCAUCAUCAUCAGCAGCAGCAACAGCAGCAACGACCUGCUUGGGUUCUGCAUCGAUCGUGUGGCCACACUCUGGAACCGGAGAUCCCGGAGGAGUCUCGGCCCGGACCCCAACAGCUACGACAAGUCUGUGUCUUAUGGAAUCACGUUCCAGAAGAGCUCACACUGGAACGGAGCGAACAGUCGGUUUCUUACCGAUUUAUAAUGACGGUUGAUGAAAGUGCCAAAGUUGCCCGUGAUGAACUGCUUCAGGACCCGGCCGAUGGUGGUGACGCGAUCAAUUGGAUUCAUCUCUUAACCUCGGCCGGUGUUCGUUGUUCCCAACUUUCCGCCAAAAACUCCCAGCCAAAAAUCACUUUCGAACCGGGCCAAUUUGGAGCCGAGAAAGAAAAUCCCAUCGUUUUCUUCGACGAAAACGAAAGCAGACAACUUUAG